AUGCAGUGCAGUACUGUUGAUGUGACUCUGGACUCUAAUACAGCAAACCCAUUGCUCACCCUGUCUGCAGAUGGGAAGCGAGUGAGACUGGGAGAGGAAAAACAGGCUGUCCCCGACAAUCCCCAGAGAUUUGAUCACAGGCUCUGUGUGCUUGGCAGAGAGGGCUUCAUCUCUGGAAGACACUACUGGGAGGUGGAGGUGGGGGAGAAUACUUUUUGGAGAUUAGGAGUCACCAGCGAGUCUGCCGAGAGGAAGAGGGGGUUUAUUAUGACUCCGCAGCAUGGUUACUGGACUAUUGAGUGGUGGGAAAUUGGAAAUCAAUUCAGUGCUCUUAUUGACCCACAUGCCCCACUACCCCUGAGCAUGAAGCCACGGAAGCUGGGGGUGUAUUUAGAUUAUGAAGAGGGGCAGCUCUCUUUUUACAAUGUGGAGGCCAGAUCUCUCAUUUACACUUUCAUAGAUUUCAAUGCCAAUGAGAAACUCUAUCCCAUCUUCUGGACUAUGGAUAGGGAAAUAGACCUCAUGCUACAGUCUACUGUUAGCACUGGAAACUAA